AUGACCCAGUUAAGCUGGAUAGGUUCAUUGGCCAUUUGCAUUCGCCAGGUUGUGGGUCCAUUAUACGCGUGGUUAAGGUCGAAAAUGGACGAUCGAUACACUAUAGCUCUAGGAGGUCUGGUCACUUGUUUAUCAUUGAUGCUUGCCAGUAUCACGCAUGAGAUUUGGCAGCUGUGGAUCACCCAAGGAAUUAUGCUGGGUCUUGGCACAGCUCUCGUUUACUAUCCUUGCAUUAAUCAAACAAUGACCUGGUUUUCAAAACGUCUUGGUUUGGCAGUUGGGAUAACCUUGUCAGGGAUGGGACUUCCUCCUAUGGCAUACACCAAUAUUGCAACAGCAUGCUUUCAGACCGUGGGGUAUCGUUGGGCACUUCGUGUGCUUGGGUUCAUUGCACUUGUGUUGUGUGCGAUUGGCGCAAUUUUAUGUAUCAAGCUUAAUCCUCGACCCAAAUCAUCUGCUGUCGUCCCUUUGCUAGAUCUUUCGGUGUUCAAGAACAAAAAGUUUAUCAUUUUGAUCAUCGCUCACUUUUUCAUUGCGUUUGUUAUCUUUGUGCCAACAACCUUCAUCGCACCGUAUGCCGAAAGCUUUGGCGUAGAUCCAUAUACAAUUGCAAACAUCACAGGGAUUAUGGGAGUCUUUAGCUUUAUCGGCUCCAUCAUCUUUGGGCAAAUAGCAGAUUACAUUGGUCGUUUCAAUAUGGCGGUCUUCCUAGGGCUAUUAUGUGUCAUCAUGCAGCUUGGUGUAUGGUUCACUGCAGCGACCGUGGCAAGUCUCUGGGCAUUCUCUGUGGUGUAUGGAAUGGCCAAUGCAACGCUCUUCAAUUUGCUGGUGGCUCUGGUCUUGGAUUGUACAGGGAUCGAACGCGCUGAAGUUGGCACUGGUUGGGCAUUGUUUACAUGGAGUGCUGGUGCGCUCUUAGGACAACCUUUGGCAAGCAUGAUAGCCAACCAAACCCAAGUUCCCAAUUACCAGAUGGCAAUCGUAUUUACCUCGGUCGUUUUCUUUUUCGUUACAUGUUUGCUACUGGUGCUUAGAAUCAUGGUUGGCGGUUGGAGAAUCGUUAAAAAAGUGUGA